AUGAAUUCUUUCGGCAACGCCUCCGUCGACAUUGACAUGGUGAGUCAGCGCGUUUUCGUUCGAAAAACCAAUAAUAAAGGGUCACGUUUGUUGGGAAAUAAUUCUGAAACAUUGUUCUGUCAUUUCUGAACACUUUUCCACACAAAAUGGGCGUCUCAAAGUCAAAAUUGCAAAUUUUCGCCACCGACUCUUCGCUGACAAUCGAUAAGGUGCCGGAUUUCGCAAGAAAUUUAAUUUUACAGUCGAUUUGUAACGAGAAACACUCUUAAGCUGAGAAUCGCUUAGAAAUUAGUUUAAAAAAUUCCCAAAAAAAAAUCUAUAAUUUCAAUUGCAGCUCGAACGCGAAAUGGCGGCCGAGCAGACGGCGAAUCUGUCUGGAAAUAUCGCCGGAAUGAGCGCGCCGAAGAAUUCGUCGUCGACGCGACGCGGUCCGAUGCAGGAAGUGGACCUCGACGCCGAGUUUGACACGUUGGAGGAGCCCGUUUGGGAUACUGUGGUGAGCUGGACACAUUUUGAAUUGUUUGGAAAUCCAGUCAUUUUCAUUGAUUUUCCUUUAAAGUUUUCAAUUUCAGAAGCGUGACGUCGUGACUGUGGGCGCCAAAUUCAGCCACGUCAUCCUGCCGCACGGCGACAAGCAGCAAUUGCUGCGCGAUUGGGAUCUCUGGGGUCCGCUUUUCAUUUGUGUCGGUCUUGCGCUGUGAGUUUUUGAUAUUUUCAUGGCUAACAAAUGUGAAAAUCUUCGAUUCUCACCCAAAAACGACGCUUUUUCAGUCUUUUGCAAUACAACGGCGGCACCGAAUCGGCGCCUCAAUUCACGCAGGUCUUCACAAUCACAUUCUUCGGAUCGGUCGUCGUCACGGCGAACAUCAAAUUGCUCGGGGGCAAUAUGUAUGGAUUCCAUCGAAAAAUUUAAUGAAGAGAUCAUUUUUCCAGUUCGUUUUUCCAAUCGCUGUGCGUCAUCGGCUAUUGUCUGCUUCCGCCGUUCGUCGCCGCCAUUCUCUGCUCGCUUUUCCUGCACGGAAUCGUUUUUUGGGCGCGACUUUUGAUCACCGCCGUCGGAUUCGUCUGGUCUACUUAUGGUACGACGGUUUUUUUUUUGCCGUUUUCUAGAAUUCUAAUGGUGCAGAAUUAUGCGAGUACCUCACGAAAAGUCGAUAUCCGGGUGUUAGCUUUUCUGGAAAAUUCAGAAAAAUUCGGGAAAUUUGAGACUUUGAACUUCACUUUAAAAAUAUGUCACUUUUUUAGUGCACGACACCUUUAAAUUUUCAGAAAAAAUUAUAAACUUUUGCCCGUGACAAAUGUUCAAAAUUUUCAGCGUCGAUGGGGUUCCUGGCAGGGUGCCAACCGGACAAGAAGCGCCUUCUCGUCAUCUACCCGGUGUUCCUCUUCUAUUUUGUCGUCAGCUGGAUGAUCAUUUCGCACUCUUGA